GUCUAAAAAAGGUAAAGAGAAAAACAUUUCACCAAAAAAAAUCCUCUGGUUAAUGUUUUCUCACUUUCUCUUUGUUUUCUUUCUAACCUCUUUCCACGAAAAGUCACGAUGGGAGAUACCGCAGAGGAUCAGGACGACCGAGCUAUGAUGGAAGCUGAAGGAGUAACGAGCUUCUCCGAACUUCUUAUGUUCUCUGACGGCGUUCUCAGCUCCUCUUCCGACCACCAACCUGAGGGUAAUGUCGGCGAUGGUGGAGAAGACAGUUUAGGUUUUGUAUUCUCCGGCAAAACUGGCUCAAGAAUGCUCUGUUUUAGUGGAGGCUAUCAAAACGACGACGAGUCACUCUUCCUAGAACCUUCUGUUCCAACCUCCGGAGUCUCUGAUCUUGACCCUUCAUGCAUUAAGAUUGAUUGCAGGAACUCAAACGACGCGUGUACGGUCGAUAAAUCUACUAAAUCAUCAACCAAGAAGAGAACCGGAACGGGUAAUGGGCAAGAGUCGGAUCAAAAUCGAAAACCGGGCAAGAAAGGGAAACGAAAUCAAGAGAAAUCAUCAGUUGGAAUUGCAAAGGUCAGGAAAGAAAGGUUAGGGGAAAGAAUUGCAGCGUUGCAGCAGUUGGUUUCUCCAUACGGCAAGACAGAUGCAGCUUCUGUGUUGCAUGAAGCGAUGGGUUACAUCAAAUUCUUACAAGAUCAGAUUCAAGUCCUUUGCUCUCCUUAUCUAAUCAACCAUUCUCUCGUAAGUAGAAGUCUCUCUCUUUCUCUCUUAAUUAUUUUUUAUUAAUGAAAUGAUACUUCUGACAUGUCGGCGACGUUUAUUAGGACGGUGGAGUUGUCACCGGAGAUGUAAUGGCGGCGAUGAAAGCGAAAGACUUGAGAAGCAGAGGAUUAUGUCUAGUACCUGUCUCAUCCACCGUACACGUGGAAAAUUCCAACGGUGCUGAUUUCUGGUCACCUGCUACUAUGGGUCACACUACGUCACCGUCGUUACCUCAAGGAUUUUAAUUAAACGGUCGUAGGCUGAUAUAUAUUAGUAGUAUUUUAGUAGCCUUUUUUCUUGGGUUUUGUUUUUGGCUGAAGAACUAUUACUAGUAAAUGUUACACCCAGACAUUUUUUUGGGAUUAUCUGGGUGGUAUAAAAAGGUUGGAAUCUUUUGUGUUUGUAAAAUUAGAUUGUCUAAGUUUUCUUAAAGUUUCUUUGAUGUCACUGUCACAGUUGCGACGAGUAGUGAUGGUACUUACUGAAAGGCUAAGCUUAUUCACGCUCUUAAAGUGUUG